UUAAAUUACAUUACCGGUGAAUUGAAUGGAGAUUCUUUUGUGAAUUCCGCCAGCAAAUAUCAGCGAACAAAUAAGUAAAACGAGUCGAAUCGACAGAAAGAAAAUAAUUUUCUAUUAUUAAAUACGCUCUUCUUGUAUUUAUCGGAUAUAAUAAGAUAUAAUAAUGGCUGUGGAAGCUGUAUAUAAUUAUAUGAAGACGGAAAAUAAACCUCAUAAUUUGAAUGAUAUACUCGCAAAUUUGGAUAAUAAGUAUAGUAAAACUAUAGUUCAAAAAGCUGUUGAUGAAUUAGUAGUGGAUAAGAAGCUAUUUGAAAAAGUUUAUGGUAAGUAUAAGAUCUAUUGUGUCAUCCAAGAUUCAACAUAUGACACUGAUGAAUCAUUAAGGAUCGACAAAGAAGCACAAAGUCGUGCCAAGGAGAAUAAAUAUCAAGAAAUUUUGAAAGAAAUGAAAGAACAAGAGGCUCUCUUAGCUUCCUUGAAAUCCAGUCUAACAUUGGAAGAUGCACAAAAAGAAAAAGUUACAUUGCAACAAAAUAUAAAACAGUUAACACAUAAAUUAGAUGAAUUGAUAGAAAGUAACAAUACUGUAGACUUGCAUGAUCAUGCAAUAUCUAAACGGAAGGCACAAGAUACUCUGGACGAAUACACACGCACAUAUUUGAAAAGGAAAAAGAUAGUCACUGAGAUAAUAGAUUGCAUUCUGGAUAAUUAUCCUGGUAGUAAAGACAAACUAUACGAUGAAAUAGGCAUAGAUCCAACAACAUAAUAAAUCA